CAAAAUUCUUUUUAUAGACAUUUGUCAACAAUUUAAAUAGGUUAAUUGCGUAAAUUCGUAACUUCAAGUAAUUGCAAAGCUACUUACACUUUUGUUCACCAAUGGAUCAAAACAGUGGCAACUCCAGUUUGGGAAAUUUGUUGCCCAACAGACCUCCUGGCAAUAAGAAUCGACAGCGCAACACACCCAGCCGCUUGGAGGAGCAGCUAACCAAACAGGAGCGCCCCACUAAGCUGCCACUGGUAGGCACCUUGGUGCACAAGGCGUUGAGGGCACGCAACACAACUAUCAAGAGCGAUUCCAACAACAACAACAACCACCACCACGAUCACCACACUGAUACUGAAAUGGUUUUGCCAUUCGGUCUAGGCCCUGAUGGCCAUAACGUAGAUGCCAUACAAAGCGCGCCCACGCCCAGCGCACCGCCUGCACACUUGGUGGCGCCACCUCAGUACGCUCGCGGACAGACCAACAUAUACACUGGAGUGCCAAUCAUCGUUAAUCCCUACAUAGACUUCAUUGUGGUGAACGGCGAUGACCGCUAUAUGAUACGCUGCGAGCGCAAGUCAGUGCUGGAGCGCAGCGUGGAGCUGGCCAAGCUAAUACACGCGGGCCCCAACAGCGGCAGGAAGAGCGACAAUCACUUCCAGAUACUCAACGUAGACAAGAACGACUUUGAGCUGAUUGUGCGCUACAUGGAGAAGCACUUUAUACCCUAUCGCGAUCACAAGCAUCUCUUGAAGAUUCUCGAGCUAGCUGAUCGCUUCAAUGUGCCCGAUCUAAUUAUAUUCUGCAUACGCGAGCUUGACCUGAGCAUCUCCAGCGCCACGGCUCUGGACAUAUACAAGACGCUGUGGUUCUACCAGGGCAUAGCGCUGACCGACCAGCACCGCCAGACGGUGAUCACCACUCAAGAGACUGGACAACAGCUGGCGCGUAAGGCGUCCAAGGCAAAAGCAGCUGCGGCCGCGGCAAAGCUGCAUGAAAAUGGCGCCGACGGCGACAGCGCACAGACAAAUCUCAUACCCAACCCCAAUCCGUUUACCACCGAGGACUACGGCGUUGCGCUGCUCCACAACACACUCCAGCUUAUAGACAUGCAUGCCGAGCUGCUGCUCUCCAUGCCCGCCAUCUGCGAUCUGCGCUUCGAGGAACUGGAGACGCUGGCCAAGCGCGAUACGCUGCAGCUCCACUCAGAGCUGACUCUAUUUAAGUGCCUAGCCUCCUGGAGUCUGGCGGAGUGCGCGCGCAAGAAUCUCGAUGCCACACCAGAUAAUCGGCGAAUGGUGCUAGGACCGCUUUGCCUCACGCCGCGUUAUCUGCGCAUGACUGCGGCCGAGUUCCGCAGCUGCUGCGAACGAUUGGAGCUACUGCCGCCGCUAGAGACGUCGCUCAUUACCGAUGUACUUGAUGGCAAGAAACCAAAGAACCUUACAGACCAGCAGGCAGACCUGCUGGAGAAGUUUCGCACGCCACGUGCCGAAUACGCCCGCAUGCCUGUGCAUCUAAGCGAUCGCAGCAGCCCCAAGAACUAUCCAAAGAAGAUGCGUUUGGCGCACGAAGGUCGGCCCACGGAGGAGGGCUGCUGGGAGAAGGUGGGCAUGAACUGCCUGCGCGUGUUUGUUUGCAUCUUUGAUUGAUCUAAAACUUGAUUCUGAUGCUGAUCCUGAGGCGCUGCUGCCGAUUCGCUGUCGCUGCUAAGGACACAGUUCCCACAUAGACUUGUUGCAUUAACGAAUAUUAGCGCUUAUGAAUUACUUAUA